AUUAAUUAUCACAAUUUGUGAUUUAUUAAGCGUGUGUCACGUUUAAAUUACACUUUUAAUUACAAACCAGUGUAACAUUUAAAAUUACUACAAGUUUAAUUAAAUUUAUCGCGUGUUUAGUGACUUUGACGAGACGGUUGGCAUCAUUGUGCGUCACGCCUUGUGGGGGCUGUUACAUUAGUUUACCUUUAAUUUAAUUGGUUUUUCAUGUUAAUCACGAAGUUAUUUAAACGGGAAAACACGAACAGUUUGAGUAUUUUUUCGUAAAGUAUGGAGACACAAAAAACUGUACUUAACCAAAAAAAUGAAGCGGUUAUUCGAGUGAAAAGUGCCGUACCCAAAAACCGGCAGGAAUUGUUAAAAUGGAACGGUUGGGGUUACCAAGACUCGAAAUUCAUUUACGACAGUGCUGCCAACGAAGUGCGUUUUACGGGUCAUAGGUAUCCCAUUGGUGAUCUCCGCUUGCCCCAUUUGAUGGGAUGGGUGAAAGACAACUUCGACGUCGAUUUUUCCCAACCCAAAAAAGCCCAAGAAAUUCCCCCAGACGAGAAAUUCCCUAAACCCCAAAUUUCCCCUGAAAAUCUCACCAAAAUCACCAACUUGGGCAUCAGUUACUCCCUAAAGGGCCUCGAUCGACUCGUCAGAGCCCAUGGACAGACCCUUCAUGACAUAUACACCCUUCGAACGUCAUUUUUCGAGCGAAUCCCCGACAUUGUCGUAUGGCCGAUUUGCCAUAGCGACGUUGUCAAGUUGGUACAAGUGGCAGAUGAGUCCGACAUGGUUGUCAUACCGUUCGGGGGCGGGACUGCCGUCUCGGGCGCCGUCGAGUGUCCAACCGGGGAAACCCGAACCAUCAUCUCCCUGGAUACGUCCCAAAUGAACCGGAUUUUAUGGAUAGACCGCGAGAAUCUAGUCGCCUGUUGCGAAAGUGGCAUCAUAGGUCAAGAUCUAGAACGCGAACUCCGGAAAUUGGGCUUCACUUCCGGUCACGAACCCGACAGCUACGAGUUCUCGAGUCUAGGAGGCUGGGUGGCCACCAGAGCGUCAGGCAUGAAAAAAAAUCUCUAUGGCAACAUUGAAGAUCUUCUCGUUCACGUCAAAAUGGUGACGCCUAAUGGCGUCCUUGAGAAAAACUGUCAAGUCCCUCGUUUGAGUUGUGGUCCGGAUUUUAAUCACGUGAUUAUGGGUUCGGAAGGUUCGCUUGGGGUAAUCACCGAAGUGGUGAUUAAAAUCCGACCUUUGCCGAAGUGUCAUCGUUUCGGUUCGAUUGUUUUCCCCGAUUUUAAGGCGGGACUUUCGUGUAUGCGUGAAGUUGCUAGGCAACGGUGUCAGCCAUCUUCGAUUCGUUUAAUGGACAACGGUCAAUUUAAAUUCGGGAUGAUUCUAAAGCCGGAAUCGAGUUACCUUGGCUUGAUUUUGGACGGUUUAAAGAAGUUUUAUGUUACGAAAAUCAAGGGUUUUAAUGUCGAAACAAUGUGUGUCAUGACGUUGUUGUUUGAGGGGGAGGAAGGGGAGGUGAAGGGGCAGGAGAAGAAGAUAUAUAGUAUAGGGUUGCAGUUUGGGGGGAUGCCAGCGGGGUCAACCAACGGGGAGAGGGGCUAUAUGCUUACUUUUGUCAUAGCCUAUCUCAGGGAUUUAGCCUUGGAGUACCAGAUCGUGGCCGAAUCCUUCGAGACUUCAGUCCCAUGGGAUCGUGCUUUAGUCUUGUGUAAAAACGUAAAAGAGGUUAUAGCCCAGGAAUGCCAAUCCCAAGGGAUUAAAUUCUUCAUGAUUAACUGUCGCGUAACCCAAACUUACGAUGCCGGUUGUGUCAUCUAUUUCUAUCUGGCUUUUAAUCAUUAUCAUGUCGAAAAUCCUGUCAAAGUUCAUGAAAUCCUCGAAACAAAAGCCAGGGAUGAAAUUGUAGCUUGUGGUGGGAGUAUUUCGCACCAUCAUGGAGUUGGAAAACUAAGAAGGCGUUGGUAUGCAGGAACUGUGUCCCAAGUAGGCGUUGAUUUGUAUUUAGCCACGAAGAAACAACUAGAUCCGAGAAAUAUCUUCGCGACGAAUAAUUUUAUUAAAGCCAAAUUGUGAAGUUACCUUUGUAUUUUUUUCUAUUACUGUGAUAUAGAGUGGCAUUGAGCGUGUUUUGUUUCUUUUUUAAUAAAUUUGUGUGAAAUUGAA